UGGACGCCGCUUGCGCACAGCUCGUUUGCCGAGGCGGCGCCUGAGGAGCCGCGAAGGGCGCCGAGUGGGAAGCCGAGGGAAGGCGGCCGCCUCGGGUCAUUCAAGAUGUCAGAAGGAACCUCAGGUAAUGAUACUGGGAAUCCUGGUGGCAGCAUCCGGCCCACGCUUACUGCUGCACGAGGGUUGAUAGGGAGAAGAACCACUGCCCCAAUUACCCCAGGCCGACUGCCCUCCAUUCGCUCCAGAGACCUGACUCUUGGUGGAGUUAAAAAGAAAACCUUUGCUCCCAACAUAAUUAGCAGGAAAAUCAAAGAAGAGCCAAAAGAGGAAAUUAACAUCAAGAAAGAGAAGAAGGAGCGUGAUCGAGACCGGCAGAGAGAUGGUCAUGGACGAGGCAGAGGGAGGCCAGAGGUCAUCCAGUCUCAUUCCAUCUUUGAGCAAGGUCCAGCAGAAAUGAUGAAGAAAAAAGGCACCUGGGAUAAGACUGUGGAUAUGUCUGACUUUGGCCCAUCCCACAUCAUCAACAUAAAGAAAGAGAAAAGGGAAACAGAUGAGGAAACCAAGCAGAUCCUGCGCAUGCUGGAGAAGGAUGAUUUCCUUGAUGACCCAGGCUUGAAAAAUGACAUCCGGAACAAGCCAGUUCAGCUUCCUCUUGCCCAUUCAGGCUGGCUUUUCAAGGAAGAGGAUCAAGAGGAUGUCAAGCCUUUAAGCUCCAGUACCAGGGAGGAGGACAUGGAAGUAGACACAUCUUCAGUGAAAGUGAAAGAGGAGCCCCAGGAUGAAGAAGAGAACCCACCAGUCCUCAGACCAGCUCCUGCAAAGGCACCCCCUCCCUUCCCCCAGGAUGUGUCUGUUGCGGAGCUGCUGCAGCGGCUCAGCCUCUGCAAGGAGGACGAGUUGCUCUUUCUGCAGCUACCAGAUACACUGCCAGGACAGCCGCCCACCCAGGACACCAAGCCCAUCAAAACCGAGGUGCAAUGUGAAGAUGGGCAGGUGAUGGUGAUAAAGCAGGAGAAGAACCAGGAAGCCAAAGAGGCAGAGAACACCUGCACCCUCAGUGACCUCUCUGAAGGGCAAGUGGGGAAGCUGCUGAUCCGCAAAUCAGGGAAGGUGCAGCUAGUUCUGGGCAGGGUGACUCUUGAUGUGACCACAGGGACACCCUGCUCCUUCCUUCAGGAGCUGGUGUCAGUGGGCAUUGGAGACAGUAGGAGUGGCGAGAUGAUCAUCCUGGGCCAUGUGAAGCACAAGCUGGUCUGCGCCCCGGAUUUUGAAUCCCUGCUGGAACAGAAGCAUCGGUAGAGAACAUGGACUGUGGCAAAGGCCUGUGCCCUUCCUCAAGGUUCCUUUGGAAGCAACAGUGGCUGGGCUGUCCAGAAGAGCCUUGUUCCUAAUCGGGAGAGUGCAGAGGUGAUCCUAAGACAACCUCCUAGAUAGAGAAGACUGGCCACAUUGCAGUGGAGCAGAACUGUGUGACCUCUAAAGCUAUAAAGUGUUACAUUGGAGAUGCUCCAGUGGCAUGCCCUUCUCCACAGGUCUAAUGUACAAGCAACGUAUAGCAGACAAGACUCAUACUUGAACAUUGUGUCACAAUCCCAGGCACCAGAGUCCUAGUAGGGGAUUUGUCAUGUGUGAGAGGCUUUUGAGCAGAGAUUGGGCUGUUCAGCCAUCACCUCCAGAUGAAGAGGAAGGGUGCUCCCUUUCCAAAUGGUUCUAUGGAUUCUCAGGAUGAAGCCAGUCUUUGAAAUUGUUCAUAUAGUUUCCCCCUUAUUUUUGAACAGCUACAAAAUGUGUGUGCAUUUUAAAAAAAAAGGUAUUUGGUUGCCAGGGCUUGUGAUUUGAUGUGCCUGUAAUGCUAGUAGUGAGUUGGGUGUAUUUUGUCCCACCAGCUGUGCAUCUUGCAUAUACAACAUAUUCAAUUAGCCUUUGGUGAGAGAGAGCAGCACAGGAGAUGGUGCCAAGAUAAAAUGAGUAAUCACCCCUAAUGAUAUUCUUUGAGGGGAAGGUUUGCAUGUUAAG